CCAAGAACAAACAAAAGCCUAGGCUUCCCUCCGUGGUUGUCAUGGCAACUCCUGCGUACGUGGAAGAGCUGCAGCAGUCCUCCAGACCACAGGGGGCCAGUGUGACUACGGCCACGUCGAAUCAACAAACGGCUCCAAACCCCACUGCCACACCUCAAUUCUUGUCGGAGGUCCAGACGUCUCCGGGCGCAGCCCCUCAGAAGACAGUCCCUGCCUCACGGGCAAGCCAGAGUACCCCAGCUGCCAAUCAGAAGACAACUGUGUUGGCCACGCCCCCUCCAGUUACCAUGGCGCAAGCACAGUAUGUUACUGCGGAGAUCCAGAGCACAGCAACCCAGCCUAGCAACGGCCAGGGUACACCACAAUACAUUGUGGUGACAGUCACGGAAGGUUCUCUUCAUUCCAGUGACAGCGUAUCUGACUCCAGUCCCCCUCCGUCUGUGGCACAAACAGGUGUGCCCACCCAGGUGGUACAACAGGUACAAACUGCACAGCAGAGGUCAGUAGUACAGACCGCCACGAAGACCGCUCAGAGCAGCCAGCUGGGAGUCAACAACCUUCAGACAGUACACAUCACUCCAGAGAUCCAGCAGGUGCAGCAUGUGUACUCCAGUCAGGUGCAGUACGUGGAGGGAGAUGCCAACUACAACAACACUGCCAUUCGGUCAGGUAGCUACCCGUACACAGAAACCCCUAUCUACACCCAAACCACGCCCACGGGCACCGCCUACUUUGAAGCCACGCCCUCCUCGGGGUCCAAUCCUUCCACCCCGGUUACCUCGCCGACCGUUUCCGUGACAACCGGCUCCAUGUUCGUGUCCAACAGCAAUUCUGGCGGCGGCAGCGGGGUCGUUAGCGUGGCGACGGGAGCGUCUACGGCGACCUCGGGAGGCGGGGCUUAUGUGAUUCAGGGCGGGUACAUGCUGGGAGCGGGAAGCGGAGCAAGCGGUGGAAACCAGAACUAUUCACACAACACACGGGCUUCUCCAGCCACCGUGCAGUGGCUGUUGGAGAACUAUGAGACGGCAGAGGGUGUGAGUCUGCCUCGGUCCACCCUGUACUGUCACUACCUCCUUCACUGUCAGGAAGCCAAGAUAGAGCCAGUCAACGCCGCCUCGUUCGGCAAACUCAUCCGCUCUGUCUUCAUGGGCCUGAGGACCCGACGCCUGGGCACCAGAGGGAACUCUAAAUAUCAUUAUUAUGGCCUGAGGAUUAAAGCGUCCUCACCUCUGCACCGUCUAAUGGAGGACCAGCAGCACCUGGCUAUGAGACAACAGCCCUUCUCUCAGAAACAGAGGACAAAGCCGGUACAGAAGGUGGAGGGAAUGACCAAUGGGAUGGCUUUGGGGGCAGGGCAGCAGGGGGCGGGCCUGUCCGACAUCAGUGCCCAAGUUCAACAAUACCAACAGUUCCUGGACGCCACGCGGACUCUGCCCGAGUUUCCCGAGAUCGACUUCCAUGGAAAAGCUCUCCCGGACGGCAUUGUUCCAGAGCACAUCCGGGCAUUCCAGCAGCUGUACCGGGAACACUGCGAGGCAAUCCUGGACGUGAUGGUGAAUCUUCAGUUCACACUGGUGGAGACAUUAUGGAAGACUUUCUGGAGAUUCAGUGAGGGACAGGCCACCGACCCUGAGACACUCAGUGUUCAUGGUGAAUCAGAGAAGCGUCUGCCCAAGUCUUGCCUGGUUCUGUUGUGUAAGUAUGAGCCGGUUCUGCACUGGAGCCACAACUGUGACAAUACACUGUACCAGAGUCUAGUGGAGAUCCUCAUCCCAGACGUCCUGAGACCCAUACCCAGUGCCUUAACUCAAGCCAUCCGUAACUUUGCCAAGAGUCUGGAGAGCUGGCUCACCAAUGCCAUGAUGAAUAUCCCAGAGGAAAUGGUCCGCAUUAAGGUGACGUCUGCGGGGGCCUUUGCUCAAACCCUACGCAGGUACACCUCUCUGAACCAUCUGGCCCAAGCGGCCCGGGCCGUCUUGCAGAACUCCGCCCAGAUCAACCAGAUGCUCAGCGACCUCAACAGAGUCGACUUCAGCAACGUUCAGGAGCAGGCCUCGUGGGUGUGUGGCUGCGAGGACAGGGUGGUGCAGCGGUUGGAGCAGGACUUUAAGGUCACUCUUCAGCAGCAGAACUCUUUAGAACAGUGGGCUGCCUGGCUGGACGGAGUCGUCUCCCAGGUCCUAAAGCCCUACCAGUCCAGCCCUGCCUUCCCCAAAGCAGCCAAACUGUUCCUGCUCAAAUGGUCCUUCUACAGCUCCAUGGUGAUCAGGGAUCUGACCUUGCGCAGUGCGGCCAGUUUUGGGUCUUUCCACCUGAUCAGACUCCUGUAUGAUGAAUAUAUGUAUUACCUCAUCGAACACAGAGUCGCCCAGGCCAAAGGAGAAACACCUAUCGCUGUUAUGGGAGAGUUUGCCAGUCUGGGCAGGAGUCUCAACACACCAGACCCUGAUAAAGAUGAGGAAGAGGAGGAAGAGAGUGAUGAAGAUCAGGACCUGUCUCUGCCACCUGAUGCAGCAGUGCUGGGAGAUGAGUCUUUGGAGCCGCCAGCUAAACUGGCCAGAACUGACUCCAGAGCUCUGUUUAACAACAGCAAGAAUUAACACACACACACACACACACACACAC